AUGAACUUUUUAUCUCCCUUCACGACCGACCUGUCUCCUGUCGCUAUCAUUAUCACUCCCAUAGUUCUGGUUCUGGCCGCGUAUAUUGUGUAUUACCGUUUUGGCCACCCAUUAUCCAGGUAUCCUGGGCCUGUGCUCGCAUCUUUCACCAACCUAUGGAAAGCAUAUCAACUAUGGACAUUACACAUGCCCGAGAAUUUAACGAAGCUACACGACAACUUUGGAGGUGUUGUGCGAGUCGGUCCGAAUGAUCUAUCGUUCAAUACUGGAGGAGCAGUUUUCGCGAUCUAUAAAGGGGGCCGCAGCUUACCUAAAACCGGCUUCUACGAUGGCUUCACCACAUUCAAUCCCAAUCUAUUUGGUACGAAAGAUGAAGACAUCUCGGCAGAUGGCCCAUGGCUUCUCAUUUCAUGUGCAAGCACGGGCGGAGUCUUCGACCUCAAGGAACUAAUUGCAUUCUUCGUGCUUGAUGUGCUGGGCGAACUUGCUUUCAGCCGAAGCUUCGACUCUCAGACCCAAAAAUGCGCAGAGAAACUACCACCGAUAAACGACCAUAUCUUCUUCGGAUGCUUGCUAGGUAUGAUGCCGGAAAUGAUGCCAUACCUGAAAGCAAUGGCCGCGUGGACACCCUUGCCUUGGCUUCAACGACUCACUCGGUCUCGGGCGCAAUUGAAGAACCUUACGGCAGAGUGCGUUGCUCGAAGACUGAACGAGAAAGUCACCGGGCGGAAAGACCUUCUCACUGCCCUUAUCAGCGCCGUGGAUCCUGAGACAGGGGAAAGACUGACCGAACUACAAAUCAACACCGAAGCAUUUGCCAUGGUGGUCGCAGGCUCACAUACGACCUCUGGGACUCUUACUCUCUUGUUUUCUCAUCUUCUCCGAAAUCCUGCUAUUCUGGAGAAAGUCGUGGCCGAAAUCGAUACUAACGUGUGUACCUCCUUUGGAGAACCCGUCCAGAUCACCGGACUCGAGCAAUGUUUGCCGUACUCCAUGGCAUGCAUUAAUGAAAACUUCAGAAUUAAUCCUGCGUUUACAAUGCCAUUGCCCCGGACAGUGACAGCUCCAGCUGGAACCGAGAUAGACGGUCACUGGGUUCCGAAAGGUACAGCCGUAUUCAGCCUCAACCACGUCGUGCAUCACAAUCCGGCCAUCUGGGGAUCUGAUCACGACAUUUUCGACCCUUCGCGCUUUCUGGGACCGCAAGCGGAAUAUUUCAAACAAAACCUGACACCCUUCAGCGUCGGCCAUCGGAUGUGUAUCGGACGGAACAUGGCCAUGACGAAUAUUCUCAAAACACUGACCACAGUGCUCAAGAACUAUACCUUGGAAAUGGAGGAUCCAAAACAGAAGAUCUCGACGCUUAGUGUCGGUAUCUCCGAGAAGGAGGGACCUUUGAAAUGUCGGGUGAAGAGGAGGUAUUAG